CCAAAGGCAAAAUAAAKCAUAGGAAAAAAAGAAAGACAAAGAGAAAAAAGUUAGCGAAUGACAUAGUCGUCAUUAGCCAUGAAAUGUACAAGGAACCAAGCACCUUUACCUUGGAUAGAGAUACAAACGAAGUGGCAGAGGAACUGGCACCUUUUACGAAGUUUGAAGUUACUUGUACGUUGCAUAACACUGAUGUACCUUCUAUGAAGACAUUUGGCCAACGAAAUAACAGCGUUACAUCAUCGAACAGAAAUCAAGAUCCUACUGAUAAUGACAUUGAAGGUGGCGUCCACAUUUACCAGGACAUUGACCAACCACAAGGUCCCGCUCUACCACCGCGAAACUCUAUCAAAAACAGACAGGAAUCGAGCAAACGAAAUAAGUCUUCAUUACGAAAGUCUUCCMCUGGCAAUGAAACAAAUAUGARGUCAAGUAAAAAAUAUCGUAGGGAAGAUUCUAGUGSCGGGAAAACGAGUUCAACAAGAGAGAUAGUUCAAAAUGAGCACAGAGGCGAAACAGCGAAAGGAGGCGAAGGAACAACACGUAAAGGAAAUCAAGACAAGUCUUCUCCUAUCUAUGCUAAUAAAGAUUGCGAUUCUAGUGGAAGGAUAUCGAGUAAAGGUUGCAAGACUACGAGUUCUUCGACGUCUUGUYCAUCUGAAUCAGAUUGGGAGGUAUCUCCAGAGAGUGUUCAUCUGUGUGAUAGAAUAGGAGCUGGUUCGUUUGGUCAGGUGUGGCAGGGAUUGAUUGGAGGCAAACCUGCUGCUGUUAAGAUGUUAAACGAGAGAGCAUCUGCAUCUGACAAAAAAGACUUGUUAUCAGAGCUCGAAGUGAUGAAGACACUCGAACCUCAUCCAAACGUUGUCAAACUUAAAGGCUGCAUAACCAAGGCAACCGUGACAUGUAGUGGCUCGGUCUUUUACCCACCGCUAGUUUUCCUUGAGCUCGUUCCGUAUGGAGAUCUUCUGGGUUACCUACGUAAAAGUAGAGGAGAAGACGAUGAUUACUACAGCGGUAAAGACUUGAAGGCUCCUAAAACACCCACUCCACAGCAUUUGUUUAGCUUUGCUCAUGAUGUGGCGAAAGGAAUGGCUUUCUUAGCUGAAAAUAAGGUGACUAUAGAACCAAUAGAAACAAGAAAAAAAGCGAGGGGAAGAUAAGAGGAUUAGGAUGAAAGGAAAGAAGAAAAAAUCGAAAUGUGAGAGAAGCGAAAAUGAAGUUUUUUCCAAGAAAGCAGAGCUUGAGGAAAAGGCAGAAACAAACGGCUAAACAAGCACAAGCCAGAAUAACAUGGAAUAAUAAUUAGAAAGAUAGAACGUCGGACGAAUGGACAGACAGACAAGCCUACAGACAGAUAGAAAGACAUACGGAGGACAGACAGACAAGCCUACAGACAGAUAGAAAGACAUACGGAGGA